CCAGAGAACGUCAACAACAUGGCGUCAAGUAAGGUUUCCUAACCCAUGUCCCUCUCACAACUUUGAUUAGAUUAGUUGGAUUAGCCAGCCUGAUUAGCAUUUGUUUUCGAGUACACAAAUGAAUUUUCUUCCCUUACACCUUGAAACUGAAAUUGGACACUUGUGAGAUAAUUUCUGAUCACCUGAUCACUAAUCGACAUUGAGCCAAAUGGCUGAACGGGAAAUGUUCCAUUCGGUUUGAUCUCAUUCACUCGGACUCUCAAUUCUUUGUCCCUCUCGUGAAGUGGAUGUAUACAAAGUGAAAGUGCGUGUUUUCAGCAGUGUAAUUUCUUUAGCCCCCUGAUUAUUCGUGAGAGCGUUCAUCUCCUAUGGCUGUGUCAAAGGUUCUCUCCAUCCAAAAGUUCUGAUCAAACCACAGGUCGCAAUUUCGGAUCAAUGAUUGUUUGCUCAAAAUUUUCAGAAGAUCAAUCCCUCUACAUGUUUGCCUAGCCCAGAAUUCAUCUGCUGUGAUAGUAAUUUAGGAUGCAAGUGGUUAUGAAAUUCAGAUCAAUACAUUAUCCAAACCACUUCCUGGGUGAAAGUCAACUCCUACCUCUUAUAAAUCUUUGAAAAUUCCGGAUGAAAAGUUUGAGAGAUUCUUCAAGAGCAGCUAAAUAUGGGGCUAUUAUUUUCAAAAAUAUGGAGUCUCUUUGGAACAGAAGAACACAAAAUAGUGAUAGUUGGUCUAGAUAACGCUGGUAAAACAACGAUUCUGUAUCAAUUUCUAAUGAAUGAAGUUGUGCAUACAUCUCCAACAAUCGGAUCAAAUGUAGAAGAGGUGAUAUGGAAGAAUAUUCACUUCAUCAUGUGGGAUCUAGGAGGUCAGCAGUCGCUUCGAGCUGCUUGGAGUACCUAUUACACAAAUACAGAGUUUAUCAUAAUGGUUGUCGAUUCGACAGAUCGAGAAAGACUCUCAGUGACGAGAGAAGAGCUCUAUCGAAUGCUAAACCAUGAUGAGUUAUCUAAAGCUGCAGUUCUAAUCUAUGCUAACAAACAAGAUGUUAAAGGGUCCAUGACAGCUGCUGAAAUCAGCAAACAAUUAGAUUUAACUUCAAUUAAGAAACAACAAUGGCAUAUCCAGUCUUGUUGCGCUCUUACUGGAGAAGGGUUGUAUCAAGGUCUAGAAUGGAUUUGUAGUCAUCUGAAGCGGAAAUGACCCUCUCCACUUGGGAAAACUUAAAGCUUCCAAUCCGGAAAAGACAUAACUCUCAGUGAAUCUCUUCUACACACCCACAAUUGGAUGAUAUGCUCCUCUCUUUAUAUUUCCUCAAUCAAAUACGUUUCAUCACAUUUAAUUGUAUUUAUGAUAUGCCUGUGAAUUUCAACUUUUCUAAUGAUUCAAUCUUUCCCUUUUUAUAACAAGAAAGGAGGAUGAUAUCGUAAUAGAAUGAUAAUUUUUUUUCAAAUCAUGCGGAAGAAGGAGUGAACGUCAAAACUCUAUACUCUGGCUUUUUAUGAAAUGUCUAAUAUUCAACUUGGCAUGCCCAUGUGUAAAGUGGUUUUUCUUGAAAAGGGAUAAGUCCAAUUUUUACACUUGAAACUAUUAAACAAAGUUGUAUUUCUUCUCCACUUUAAAUUUUGUGCCCCUAGAUGUUUUCAACUCAACGAAGUAAAUGUGCCCUAUGACUAUCCUCUGUAAGUGAUCAGGUCUUUUCUAUGUUAAUUGUCUUUUCAAUUGUUGUCCUUUUAUUUUAGAUUUUAUGAUAAAAAUUUGUUCAGGAUGUUUAAUUUAAGUUUUUUUUCUUUGUUUCAUAAAUUAAAUUUUAAGUAACAAACUCUUUUCUUUUUUUAUUUUAAUUUUUCUUUGUAAAUUUGAUUUGUAAAUUCUCAUCACUUUCGCAGUUAUCACCUAGACUCGCAAAUGCUUGUUUUUGUAAAUAUUUUGUAAAUAAAUGCAUUACACAACUA